GCAUUAACCUAAUUAAUAUAAAGCAUACGUAACGAAAUACACAAAUUUUAUUAACACACAUCGUCUAGAAUAUUAAGUAAUGCUUGUGUAAUAUUUUUUUUAUGCAUUAACUUGAACGAAUGUGUUACAUUUUAUAAAUACGAUUAUUCCCGCGCAAAAUCCACGUUCGUUGUUUCGUUCCUAUUUCAUGCAUUCCUUAUGGUUAAGAUUCCCUCCAAUUCCCUCGGUUUCCCGCGUUUAAAGCAACUUCCCGCGAAAAGCCGCGACAGACUACACUUGUUGCGCGACAUUGAGAGAUAGUUCUUGGGUCAGUCUGUAAUAAAUAAAUCGGGAAAUUUAUUUAACGAUUUGACAUUAACGAACUAACGUUAAUAAGCGUUCAAUUUAAAAUACGUCAGAAGAAUUUUGAAACGAUUAUAUCGCGAUAGAUGAACGUGUUGUAGGUUAAAGAAUAAUACGGGAGAUGUCAAAAAGUUUAUAUUAAAAACUUCGUUUAUUAAGUGAAGAAAAAGUUUUUUGUGUAAAGAAUCUAUUUUUUACUUGACGAUAAAUCGAGUGGCUUAACAAAAUUAUAUAAAAAUGACGAGUAUUCAAACGAAAAUACCAUUUAAUAUACGUAAAAAAAGUUCGUUUUAUGGAAUCAAAAAUAACGUUACAAAGGAAGAUUUUACUGACGCAACUGCUAGACAAUCUUCGUAUACGUAUACUCCUAGAGUUAAAAAGAUCAUUACCUUGAGUAGUAGCGAAUCGGAUUCGGAUUCAGAUGUGGAAAAUGCGUCGAUAGAAAAUAAUGUGGAAAUAUGCGGUAAAGGUACUGUUGUUCGAACUCCACGUUGUAUUCGAAAAUCUGGCGAAUCCGAUGUAAAAAAUGGCUCCACACCCCCGAAACAAAAGAGGGUAGAAAAACCAACAACAUCACCCUCUACGCCAUCUUCACUUUUAGACAAGUUAAAUUUAAUAUCCCCUGACAAUGAGGAUAAAUUAAUUCCUAAAAGAUUGUUUGGUUCUGAAAAAUACCGUAGUGCACGGAAGGCUUUACAUAGUUCAGUACCUGAAACUUUACCUGGUAGAGAAGCAGAAUUAGCUAAAUUACAAGAAUUUCUAGACGAGCAUUUAAAAACUGAAAGUUCAGGUUCUUUAUAUGUCUCGGGACCUCCAGGGACUGGUAAAACAGCGUGUCUUUCAAAGCUUACUAUGCAACCUAAAUUUAAAUCACAGUUUAAAGUGGUUUACAUUAAUUGUACAACCAUGAAAUCUGCUGUUGCUAUUUAUACAAAGAUCAUUCAGGAGUUGGGACUGCCUAGUGGAAAAUAUCCCAAAACUAUCAUUGAAAAAUAUUUGGUCUCCAAACAUAAAAUGUUACUCUUGAUUUUAGAUGAAUUAGAUCAACUAGAAAGCAAGAAACAGUCUGUUUUAUAUUCUAUUUUUGAGUGGCCAUCAAUGCGUAAUUCAAAACUACUUUUGGUUGGCAUUGCUAAUGCCUUAGAUUUAACAGAUAGGAUAUUGCCUAGAUUACAAGCUAGAUGUGAAAUGAAACCAAAGUUGAUGCAUUUUCCACCAUAUUCGAAACAACAAAUAUGUGAUAUAAUAUCUAAACGAUUAAACGAAGCAAAAGUACCUGAUUUGUUUACUGGAACUGCAAUACAGUUGUUAGCUGGAAAAGUUGCUGCUGUUUCUGGUGAUAUUAGAAGAGCACUGGAUAUCAGUAGAAGAGUAAUAGAGCUUGCAGAAUCACAUAAGUUAGCUCAAGUUUUACAACCUACAAACAACAAUGAGUCAAAUACUGGUAGUCCUAAAAAACAACAACCUUCACCAGAGAAGCCAGCAGAUUUAAUGGAUGUCAUUAAAGUUUUAAACGGUGUUUAUGGAGGAUCUCAGAAUAUUGAAAAAGAAGAAAGUACGUUCCCUUUGCAACAAAAAUUGUUAUUAUGUUCUUUCUUACUUAUUUUAAAUAAAGGACGAAACAGGGAUGUAACUGUGGGAAGACUGCACGAAGUAUACAGGAAGGUCUGCAAGAAGCGAAAUAUCCAUGCUGUCGAUAGUUCGGAAUUUGUAAGUUUAUGCUCACUGAUAGAAACUAGAGGUAUUUUAAAACUGACAAUUAAAAAGGAGCCUCGUUUAUCGAAAGUUAGUUUGGAAUGGGAUCAAGAAGAAUUGGAUGCUGCUUUACAAGACAAAAAUAUGAUGGCAGAAAUUAUGAAUGAUGUAACUUGUUUAUAAACAUGUUUAUACAAAUUUACGUUACGUUAUCAAGCAGUGUUUAAUGUCAGAAGGAGUAGUAUAUUUUUAUAACAAUACGUGACAAAAAUUUCAUAAUAUGUAAAUUACGCAUGAGCGUGUUUAUUUUUUUUUUCUACAAUUUAUUGAUUGUUUAAUCUCGUUUAUUGUUUGCGACGGAUGCUGUUUACACAGUAAUUUAUUUAGCACGAAAGCAUUAUCCAAAGUUUAAUCAUUAUAAAGUGUUAAACUUCCGUAAAUUUUUUCAAAAUAUUAUUUGUAUUGAAGCAAAAUGCGUUUUCGUUUAGUAUUUUAUUUUGACGAGUACUUUGUUAUUUAUAUUUUUAAAUAAAUGCAUCAUACUUUUAAUUUUAGUUCUUGUUAUUUCAACCCAUUGACGCGUAGGAAAGAUAGACGUAACGUUUGUCUGUCACUUAUAUGCAGAAUUGUGAAUGACUUAUGAUAAGUUCCAUCAUAAUGCUUAAUUGUUACUUUAAUUAAAUUUUAUCACAUACAGACAUGCGCAAAAAUUCAAAUAUAAAUGGUGCGCGUAGAACUGCCAUCUUCUGGCAAGCGUCACGUUUGUGAAAGCGCUCUUCAUGCCCUGAAUCCUUGAGUGCUUGAGUAUUCUGGUGUGUUCUUUUCGAAAGGGUAGUAGUGAAAAGACUUGAAAUUAUGUCUUCGGUACUUGUGCCUGAAAUUCCUGCACCUGGAUUUUCUUUUGACCUUUGUCAAAG